GACUCGCCGUCAUUUAUAAAUUGCUCGUCGUCGAAUGAAAUACGUUAAUACGGCAAAUUAAGAAGAAAAAAAAUAAAAUAAAGAAACAAAAUAAAUAAAAUUGUACCAUAAAUAAAUAUUACAUAUUAAUUACUAUUAAACAUACAUAAAAAAAAAUAAAUUAUAAAGUGAACUCAACAAUAAAAGAUUGAUAAAACAAAUAUUAUAUUUUCUACUGGAAUUUAUACAACUUGAAAUAUUUAUUAACAAAUAAAUUAAAGACAAUUCAGUGCCUUUUUAAAAAGAGUGACGAAUAACAAAAAAAAAUUAAAGGUUUCAUUUAUGUAAAUAUUUUAAUAUAAAUUCUAUAGCUAUAAAAUUAAAUAAUAAUUUAAAUUGCUAAACAACACAACAAUACAAAUAAAAACCAGCAACAACAACAAUACAUAAUAAAAAAUAAAAAAACAUUUAAGCCACGCAUUAUAAAAUAGUUUUCAAUUAAUAUUUAAAAAAGCACCAAAGCUCCCUCUACGCUUUAAAAAAAAAAAACAAAUUGAAAUAUUUGGCCAUCCAUAUUUUAUGUUGAUGAUUAUGAUGUUACACUGUGAAUAUCAUUGAUAAUAAUGAGGAAGUUGUUGUAGCAGAAAGAAAGUGAUUAUUUUUAUUAUUUGUUUGUCUACUACUUCUUUCUACUCAAAAGAAAACAACCAACCAGCCAACCCAACAAGUGUUUUAAUUUCUUUUUAUAACUCUAAAGGAUGAUCUAGUGUUCAAUACAACAACAGCAAAAAAAACGCCAAAAUUAAACUUACAAACAGCUAAAUUUAAAAAGAAAAAAACGCUUUUUUUAUAACAAAAAAAUACAUAUUUUUGUGGUUGAUUAACUCAAGUGAUUUCUUUUGCUUUUAUUUUGUAUUUUUUAUUCAACUAAACUUACGUAGUACGUACUUAUUUACCUACAACCAACCAACCAAACAUACAUACAAACACUCAAAUUUAUAAAUUUAUUUACGUGUGUGUCGUCUGUCUGUAUGUAUACGUGAGGGAUUCGUGUGUGAUUCAACAACACAACGCCACAAAAAUAAAGCAAAAUAACAACAACAAAAUAAUAUUUAAAACAAAAUAAAAGAAAAAACAACAAAAAAUUAUACAAGCAGCCAAGUAAGCAAAGCAAACAAAAACAGUGUGCCCAACAAAACACACAAACACAUACAACAUCAUCAUCAUCACUCGCCAAACAGAGAACGCGCGCUGUGUCAUUAAUAGCAAACGGUACCACCACCACCAUCAAUGAGAGUGAGUGUGACAGCGCUAGCGUGAGUCAUAGUAUCAACACAUAUAAAGUGAAAUGAAAAUGCGGAUAAAGAGAGAAUCACCGUGUCUAUUGCUUAGAUUUAUGCCAAUUACCAAAGUCGAAUAUAAUAACAGAAGAUCCAAAGAUAACCUGGAUACCACUUGUGAAGAAGAAGAGACUAACUCCUCGUCCACACGGACACCACUGACGAGGAGUUGUAGCAGUCCCGCUGUUUAUGAUAUCGAAACACAUCCCGCCUCACCAGUUUUCCCCCACUUAUUAUUGGGCAAUGGCCGCGAUGCUGAUGAUCCAAGUAGUGUGGGAGCGAAUUGUGUUUUAAAUGUUACCUGCCAAGCACCCAGCACAAAUCAAAUGCCGGGCCUUAAAUAUAUGCAAAUACCUGCCAGUGAUACACCUCAUCAAAAUAUAAAACAAUAUUUUCAGGAAGCCUACGAUUUUAUAGAGGAUGCACGUAAAACCGGUUCCCGGGUAUUACUACAUUGUCAUGCGGGCAUUUCCCGCAGUGCCACCAUUGCCAUUGCCUACGUCAUGCGCUACAAAUCUCUAUCGCUGCUCGAAGCCUACAAACUAGUUAAAUUAGCACGUCCCAUUAUCUCGCCCAAUCUUAACUUUAUGGGUCAAUUGCUGGAAUUGGAACAAAAUUUACGCACGAGUGGCAUAUUGGAGCCACUCACACCCAACUCAGCACCUUUACCACCCACAACAGCAACAACCACAACAAUAUCUAGUCAAAUUGAUAACAAUAAUGCCGAAAUGGCCGAUGAAGACAUUGCCGACGAAGAGGACGAUGUGGCCGCUAGCAGUAGUACAAGAAAUUGUCAAAGUCAAAACAUUGAAAUGGAUGAAUGCGAUAGUGGUCACAGCAGUGGAGCCAGUAGCAAUUGUUCAUCACGUUUAACCUCACCACCUGUAACACCUGAAGAUGAAACACCCUGCUCUUCGAAUGCGGUAACCAGCUCCUCCUCUUGUCUAUCGCCCGCCUCGACAUCGUCCUCAACGUCGAUGUUGAAUGCCAGCCGACCAGCACGAUUUAAACGCAAUUCACCCGCCAAACUGAGGCUUAAUUUACAAUCCACCUACGCUCCCAUACCCAAGUCGUUGUCCUGUAUCUCCAUACAGAAUGUCGGCAUUAGUCCCAUUUGCAAAGAUGCACCCACAACACCAAACUGUGAUUUGGCCAUGAGCAGUAGUACAAGUGAUUGAAAUUGAAAUCAGAAACACCGACAUACAUACACACAUUCAACCAGAAAAGCCCAUAGCAAAAUUAUGUAUGAAAAGAGAAGUUUACUUUUUAAAUGCGCGCACACUGACAGUCAAAAGAAAAAUGCUGUGAAAAACAAACGCAAAAGUAAAAAAAAUACUUAAAAAAAAAAUGUUCAAUUGUAUACAAAAACAAAAAACAUGCUGCUUAAGCAGUUAAAGAAAUAUACCCAAUACUAAAUAGAUAGAGUUUUCAUUUGGAUGUUGUAAUAUUAUUAUUUCUCUAAUUCUGUAAAAUGGUUUCUUUCUCAGCAAUAAAUUAACAAAACAACUUGCUUUUUCUUUUAAAAUAUGCAAUAUACUUUUCAAUAAUCGGGAUUUAAAGUUGGCAUGCCACCUUUGAUGAACGAGCCUAAUGCCGCCGCCUUUAGUUUGAUCUCAAUCAAGCAGAUAUUCAAAUGUUACAUUUUGAAGGAAUUCAAAAUAAUGUCUGGAGCAAACUUGAUUGCAAAAAAUGUGUCAGUAAACCCGCCCUCAAUAUUAACCAACAAAUUAAGGUCAUAACAACCUUUCUUUACAUAUAUAUAGUCAAAACUGUUUUAAGUUUUAAUAGAUUUUGUUGUUCAAACAUUUUGCCUUGAUUUUCCAGCAAUAAAAGUAGUAAAUGAAGUUAGGGCUUUACUUACUAUAUUAAGUGGUAAAAAUCAAGCAUUAUGACAAAAACAAAAAAUCCAGCCUCCCCCUCCUUCCCCAAACACACACACACAUCACACAUAAUUUAAACAAAAUUUUCAACCAAGAAAAAUCUUUAGCAAAAAUAAACACCUGAUAAAACAAAGUUAAAAAGAAGAUAGAUGAUGAAUUGUCACAUCAUCAUAAUCGCUUAUUUAUUUAAAUAUAUAUUUGUAGUUUUUAAUUAAUUAUAAUUUAAAAUGUAUCUUAACUAUUUAUAAAACAAAAGAAAAACAAACAAACCUACAUAAACAUACAAAAAAGUACAUGUACAUUAAUUUGUUUUAAAUUUUACUAUUAUUCUCUACAAAACGAAACUAAAAAAAAAUCAAGUUGUAUUUACUAUUUCUCUUUUUUUGAUUUACAAGAAGAAACAAAAACACAACAAUUUGCAAUUUUAGUUAAAUAAGACACGUAUUUAAACUCAAAACAAUUUACUAGACGACCAGAAAGUAGAAAAAAAAACGUUUAAAUAAUAAUAAAUAUUUACAAUAAAUUGUAAAUUGUAUUGUACACACAAAAUUACAUGCAUACACAUUUCAGUCUAAUAAAUUUGAAUUGAAAUUUGAAAAAAAAAAAAAUUAUUUAACAAACGAACCUGUAGAAUUGUAUAUAUGGAUGGAUGUACAACUGAAAUAUUUGAAUUAUUUUGUAAAGGUAAAUAAUAGUGAAAUACUAAUUAUAUAAGUUUAAAUUUAGAUUUUAAAAUUACAGCAACAAAAACAUAAAAUAAAAUGUGCAAAAAUAUGUAAAAUUGUAAAAAAAAAAACUGAAAGAGAAAAGUAAAAUUGAAAAAUAAAAUUAUUACAAAACAUAUUAUUCGUGCAGCAUUAUUUGUAUAAAAAUAUUUAUUUAUAUACAACGUACUAUACUAUGUAAAUGAUGAAAAAAAAAACAACAUUUAUUAUACAAAUAAACAAAUAUUUAACAGAAUAAAAAAAAAUUAUAUACAUAUUUAGAAUUUUAAAUAAAUUUAAAAUAUUUUUAGUUUUAAGUCUAUGAAUGAAUGUUACAUAUUAAACAAACCAACAACAACUACAACAAAAACAAAUUGAAAUGAUGAAAUAUAUAACACAUAAAAAUUACCAAA